AUGGUGCAAUGCUCGUGGCUAACACGUCAAGAGAGACAUGCACAACCUCCCCUCGUAAAAGAUGACCGCGAUGCAAAGUUCCGGCAGCGGAUUCUUCGAACUCGCCCAAGAUUGGAAAGAGACAGAAGCUAUUUCGAAGUCCUUGUGGCAUGGCAGUAUGCCAGAACAAACCAUUGGACUGCCGCAAGCCACUGCUUAGCUUCGCUACGUGGGAUCAGGGAUGCUCGAUGUCAUGAUUCCCACUACGACCAGUACGUGCAAGACAUCGUGGAUGAUGCCAGCAGUGCAUCUGUCAGAAGCAGCCGGUGGGAGGCUGCUGUGAUGCUGCUUGAGCAUCUGAAUAUUGACCGAGCACCGAGUCGCCAGAAACGCCAUGAAGUUGGUACAAAAAUAGGGGCAGCAGGGCGCUGGAGACAAUCGCUUGCCUACUUUAAGUUCCUGGUGCGAUUGGGGAUGCGCCUGUAUCAGCCUUAUUACAGCAUGACGAUGCACUCUUGCGGCGAAGCACUUCGCUGGACAUGGAGCCUGGAGCUGUUGCAGCACCUGUGCUUUUCGAAAGUUGUCGUGGACAGUCGGAGCCCCCAACAUGUUGCGCCGUUCGAACAAGUGGCACACACAUGCCGACAGGCAAGUACCCGGUCCAGUGCCUUGAGCGCGCUCAAGAUUCUGCAGACCGCGCGUCGGCUCUCUGCAGCAACAUCUAUUCUUCGCGUGAAGGUCAUGGGUGCUUGCAGCCGCAGUGGAGAUUGGGCGAGCGCUUUGUCGGUGCUUGAGCAGGUCGGAGUCGACGGAGUUCGGCCACAUCUUCGGACCUACACAGCUGCACUGACUGCUUCUGGUAUUCAGCUGAGCUGGGAGUCUGCUGCUUUUCUCUUGAACUCCAUGAAGUCAUCGGAGUUGCAUCCCGCUGAAGCAACUUUUGAUCGCGUCUUGGAGACCUGCCGCAAGGUCAGCAGUUGGGCUCCGGCGCUGGCAUAUCUGCGACACAUGCGAAGGAAUUAUUUGGCCCCUGAUGCGAUACGGUUUGCGUCCGUUGCCCGGGCGCUCUUGAACAAAAACAUGGUUGACCAAGCCCUUGCAGUUUUAGGAGAAAUGCGGCAAUGCAACCUGGACGUGGACGUCUCGGCACGUAUUGUGUUCACCGCGGGCAUGGGAGCCAGCGCAGAUUCAACGGCCUGGAAACGUGCCGUCCAUCUGCUUAGUCAGUUCAACGCUGUCGGCUUCGAGGCAGAUGUUCAACUGUUGUGUGCUGCUGCGAAUGCAUGCAGAAGAGCAGACAACUGGAGAGACGUUCUGUACCUGCUCGGCGUGGGCGGCAUCGAACUAGAUAUCACUGCUCAAAACGUCGCCGUGAACUCUUGUGCAUGCGUCCUUCAGUGGCAGUGGGCUAGCAACCUACUAAGUUGCUCGCAGCAGGCUGCUCUGCAGCUUGACGAGUUGACAUUGCCAUCCUGGAUGGGACUGACCUCAAGGUCGCAGGUCUGGGACCGAAAAGAUUCUGGGCGGUCUACUCUUCAUCAGGCUACAUCACCGUGGGUUGGAAGGAGAGCGUGGUCCCGAGCUGCAAUGCUUCAAUCGCCAGGUUGUCGAACGGACAAGAGGCUCUGCCAUGCCACGGUAAAGCUCUACGAGAAGGCACGUCGCUGGAAGCAAGCGAUUGGUGUCCUGUGUGACAUGCGCAUGUUUGGCUUGCGUCCCGAUGUCGCCACACUCAAUGCUGCGUUCGUGGCUUGUGGCCACAGCCGGCUUUGGUGUACAGCUUUGGGUUUGAUGCGGCAGAUGUCCCGACUCACAGUGCAGAAAGAUAUGGUAUCAUACGAUGCGCUGGCAGCUGGCUUAUAA